AGUGAUGUGCGAAUUGCUCUGUGAACAUUAUAGAGGCCGAACCGGCUGCGGCCAUAUGUUCGUCUACGCCAUUCAGCGGUGCAGUGCUUCUUUUAUGCGUCCCGAUCAAUCUCGCUGUGUGCCCCCGAGUGGAAGGCUUCGCGACCUUCCUCGAGUUGUCGACGCCCAAGAUGAUUACAAGGACGGUUCUUGUCGAGUGUGUCUCGGUGAGACUCCUCCCAGCUCAGAGGGAUCCGAAUCUGGCUGGGUUGUAUAAUUAGCACGCCUAAGACUGCUAGCAU